UUCCACAAAUACAUCACCUAACACCAGCUCUGAAUCACAUGCAUCUAUUCCAAAUUGCUUCCCAUAUCGCGUCGAGGUGUCGAUGACGACGCUGGUGCCACGCUCAAGCACAUACCAAUCCUUCCGCAUCGGUGCCAUAUUAAUCCAGAAGACUAGUCAAUGGAGUUCCAACAUGUCGGGAUGAAGAGCAAACUGUUCAAGCAUUGACGAAUUUAAUCUGGAGAACUAUCAGGUCACACAGAAAUACUACAGGUUCUAGAACCCAAUUCUACGUUUGCUGCUGGUGGAGCAUUUUCCAGCAACAUAGCCAUGGCAUGCGAACUAAUCCUCAGAGGUGGGUUCGGUUAAACUGAAUUCCAAGCACUAGACUAAUACCAAUGACGUUGCUACAGUGAUGCGCUCCGAAACCUAAAGGAUCAAUUGUGAAACAAGCGUCUGUGCGCAACUGCAAGACACUAGCUUCGAACAUUCUAGUGCCCAUAAACCCCUGUCACAGUACGAGAUGCAGAGUGAGAUAUUGUAUCAAUACUUCCCCUCUCAAGAAGAGCAUCAAACUGAGACUAUGUGACUAUUUUGCCUAAUCUUGGCUACAGUAACAAGCUCACUCUCUGUCGUCUUGAACUAAAACCACCCCGAUGAAGGAAUGGACACCAUGCCUGAGUUAUAACAAGGAGUGGAGUGCCGGGGUAGAUGCUCUCAUGCUGCGCCUAACUUUUAGAUCAUCUGCUGUGAUUGGAGGUGUUUCGGCUGUGAUUUGGUUGCGAUUCGGAAUGUCAAGGCUGCCUUUUCAAGAAAUUUCAACCUAGUGCUCACUUGCAUCCGAGAGAGCCUGUCGCAGCUUUCAAUUAAUGGGCUUACUGCGUUGAAAUUGUGAGAGAGCGAGAGAGAGAGAGAGAGAGAGAGAGAUGUUUGCGGAAUUUGGGGAGUCCAAAUCGGCGAAGUUAUCAGAUUGGUGCAGGCCAUUCCUCAGAUGGAUGUUUGAAUGAAGGAGAAGAAAGCAGCUCAUGGUGUGUCAUCGGGGAUCGAAGGCGCCAUGAAGGGUCCAAAUCCUGAGGAUCGUUUCUAUUUGAGUAACCAUCAUUCUCAGCUUUAUAUCGUCAAUGUAUUUAGCUUCUGAGCUGAUGAUGGCGAUUUCAGGUUGUUACGGACAAUUUACAGUGUGAAGGUGGACAGUGAUCUGUAGAGAUACGUAGUGACCAAUGAUCUUUACUUCGGUGUACUUAAUUCUAAGUAUGUUUGGAACACGUUUUUGCGGAAGGUUGUGAUAAUUGUACCUAACUAUCAUAAACGUAACUAUGUACUGAAACUUGUAAUUAACUAGCUGUGGGUGCAAAUGAACAUAAUAGGUCUCUGGGAUUGCAGACCAUUUCAAAGUCGGGGUUACGUUUUUGUCUAAUUGUUGUGCAAUUUGCUUCGAAGUAUCCUAUCCUGGCUAGAUGUAUUUGUGUCGGAGAGUUUGUGAUGCGGGAAAAGAGCUUUUCCGGAGGUAUCGUAGAGCAGCUACUGCAAUGAUUUUCUACCUUCAAUGACAUGGAGCAGUUACUACGAUGAUAGUUGUAUGGCCCGAGGAUACCAUGCACCAAGUCUCUCCUUAUUCCAUAUCCCUAUCUUUGAAAUUUGGUAACGUAUCUUAAAUUGACAUUUCUUUCUUAUUGCUGCAGAGGACAAUGGCGGUGGGAUGAUUUUCAUGAACUGCAUUGGUACUGCCCCGCAUAAAUGUGGAGAAAUGAACUUUGGCAUCCAUGGGUAUCAUCCACGGUGUAGAGUGUAUAGGCACGCAAUCAAUAGGCUUGACAAUAAACGCAGACAUCUACUGCACAGCAAUCCCUGGUGGUCCAAGCUCUUUGACAAUCGCAGUGGAAUAGCAACAUGUACACCACAAAGUUCUUACAGACACAUACGGAUAUCGCCAAGACGUGCGGAGCGGGAGAGGGCUUCAAGCUACGCACGCCCAGCACACUGCAUCCUGAAUGACAAACUCAAUCCCGGUACUCAAGUGUCCGACUAUGUUGCUAUAUCCUAUGUGUGGGAUAUUAAUCCAGUGUGGAAAGAUUGGUGUGGGCGACGCGGCACAGAGCAAUCACUGAAACUUUCGGAACGUCUGUCAAAAUAAACCCUCCCGCUCUGGAUCGACGCAGCCUGUAUUCCUCAAGACGACAAAUCCGGGAAGAUGGAAGAGUUGGCCAAAAUGGCUGACAUUUAUCGAGGGGCGACAGCAGUACUGUGCCUAGUCCCAGAAGUGUCUGUCGAUGCCUGCGUCACGUUAGCACGGUGUAAUGCGCUCAUGGACGAUGAGUGUUACGCCGAACUUCAAAAGGCCACCGAUAUCUAUGGAAGCUAUAUGUUUGCUACCCUCGGAGAGCAUAGUUCGCUGCGGAACGUAUUUGCAAGCAGAUGGUGGGAGCAGGCAUGGACAUUUCAGGAGGCGGUGCUAAACCCGCGUACCUUCUUAGUUGGAGAUGAAGAGGAGAGCAUUCCAAUCCAACAUGUGUUGCGCAUUGCUGAUCCUGUUCGUCACCAAGCGGCCUCUGUGGGUACAAAGCUAACGCUGGGGAAGUCAGCAAGCUUCUGGGACUCGGUAUCUACGAUGGUGGAUGCUUCUAUGAGUGGCUUGCCAGUAGGAGAUGCGCUGUCUUGCGUGUGGCGCCGCAAUGCUACCGUAGAACAUGACAUGGUGUAUUCUCUGCUUGGUGUUUGUGACUUAUCAGAACAGGUCCAACCAGACUACGACAUCCCCUUCAGUGCCAUUUUGAUCCAGGUUUUCGAGAGCGCUAGCUGCCGUGGGGAUUAUUCGUGGAUCUUCUGGUGCCAUGAGAUAAGUCGUGACGAGGUGGAGGAUGGGCUCGGCAUGAUACCUACCCCAGACCAGGUGCGCUCCGUCCCAUUCAUGAGUUUCACUAAGUGGAGGAGCAUUCCUUUUGUGCCUUUGAACCUUGCUGUGCAACCUGGCGCAGAAAAGGGAAUCUUGCUGCCUUACAGGUCUACUGGCAUUACACGUUGGGAAUCUACUCCGCAGAGUCUGCCCGAAAUGGUGAAAACGCUUGCAACAAGAGGCUAUAAUGAAGCCGAAAUCUGGGAUCUCAUAUUUGGAAUGCGUGUAGGCCUUUAUGUGGACAUCGAUCUCAGAGUCAGGGGGAGUCACUCUGAACUCGCUGGUAUUUCGAUUCCUCUUCUGAAUUUAACUCUGGCUAUGGUGGACGGAUCCACUCUUAUGACCCAAAGUAUUCUGGAUAUUCGAGGAAUGUAUGCUCAUUCUCCUUUCUAUGGCUUUACAACCUUUGCGGCUAUAGCAGCUCACACAUGGAAGGGGUGGCUCUUGAUAGCCAUGAGUUCACAGGGCGGAACAAUUGUCGUCCCGAAAUAUAAAAAAUUUGGCACCAGCCCCGCCCGCAUAUGUAUAUUGCCGAUUGAGUAUGUGGGACAGAAAGCAAAUCCUUGUGGCAUCUAUGCUAGUCCUCGAGUCGCAUUUGUGCACCACUGUGGCGAACAUGAUGGCUACACACAAUUCUGUGCGAGUGCUAUGGGUAUCAUGAUCCAAAACAAACGUGGUGGUCUCGGAACUUGGCAAUAUAGAAGAAUCGGUUGAAAUCGUUAAUGAAUCCAAGGUCAUGAUGAAUGAGAAUCUUUUCAUGGUUGUUAUGCUACCUUCUUGUGCCACAACCACCCAUAGUGUUUUUACGGUGGAGCCUUCUACUAAAUCAGGAGGCCACCUUGACCAGGGGGAGGUAAUAGAGGCUUUAUAGUUUUUGUAGGAGAGAAAGCAUGAGUGAUGUGCAUUACACCUUCAUAUCUUGUCAUUUAUUGAGUAAACCUUGGAGUUCUUUCUA